CAGUCUGUACUAUAUUAACAUUUAUUACUGAAUGUUGUAAGCAAAAGUUAUCUCUCACCAUGUUUGUUAUCUCCUAUCAUCCUUGACUUUUUUAAGCUGGCUGAAACCGGAGCAGAUGUGAUCAUAAACUGCAGUGGGAUGUGGUCAGGCCAACUGCAGCCAGAUCCAGACCUGAAACCAGGCCGUGGCCAGAUAUUGAAGGUCGAUGCUCCCUGGCUGAAGCACUGGAUUAUUACCCACGAUUUCACCAAAGGAACAUACAAUUCACCAUAUAUCAUUCCAGGAAGUCGUCUUGUGACACUUGGUGGCGUUUUCCAGUUGGGAAACUGGAGUGAACAGAAUAGCUCUGUCGACCAUAAAGAAAUCUGGGAAAAGGCUUGUCAGCUUGAGCCUAGUCUCAAGCAUGCCAGGAUAGUCGACGACUGGUCUGGCCUCAGGCCAGUUCGCAGCAAAGUCCGACUGGAGAGGGAAGCCAUAUGGUCUGGUGAAACCCCCAUAGAGGUGAUACACAACUAUGGCCACGGAGGUUUCGGACUCACCAUUCACCGAGGCUGUGCCGAGGAAGCGGCGAGGCUCUUUGGUCAGAUCGUGGAACAAAAAGGCAAAGGUCCAAAAGCUCGCUUGUGAAUUGGUGUGCAGAAGUAACGA